AAGAUCUCUCCCCCACCCACCAUGUCGACGAAGAUCAUCGAGUUGAAGAGCAACGAUGGUGAGACGUUCAAGGUCGAAGAGAAGGUGGCGAUCCAAUCGCAGACCAUAGCGCAUAUGGUUGAAGACGACUGCGCCAAUAGCGAGAUCCCUCUUCCUAACGUGACGGGCAAGAUUCUUUCCCUAGUGAUCGAGUACUGCAAGAAGCACAACGUCGAUGAGGCUAACCCUAUCUCCGCAGAGGAACUCAAGAAGUGGGACGAGAAGUUCUUGGAGAUAGAUCAACCCACCCUCUUCGAGCUCAUCCUCGGUGCCAACUACCUAAACAUCAAAAGCUUGCUUGAUCUAACGUGCCAAACCGUUGCGGAUAUGAUCACGGGCAAAACUUUAGACGAGAUCCGUGCACACUUCAACAUUGAGAAUGAUUUUACGCCUGAGGAAGAAGAAGAGAUUCGUAGGGAGAAUCAGUGGGCUUUUGAAUGAGCUCAUCGGAUCGGAUAUGAAUCAAUAAACUUUGUAGCUUUCUCUUCUCUCUUUCUUGCUUUGGUGUGUGCUUUCUUUUGUUUUCGGUUUCUUGAUCAAUGUAGACGAUGAUGACUUCGUCUCUACUUUUAUCUUAUGAUUUGUGUCUCUUUCUUCUUUUUAUGAAUCAUCUUUUCUUUUUGUUUGUGCUAGAUACUAGUUUGCUCAAUCAAAUUUACAAUCGUGUUUGGAUAUUUUCAUGAUACCAUUCUAUAUCUUAUUCUUUCA